ACUCCCCUGCCCUGGCUUACCACACACGAGAGGAAGAGAGACACGAGGAGGUUGCACGGAGGAGGAGGUUCGGGGUGCCCGUGAUGGUGCGGCGCGGUAGGUGCGCUUCUCCAAGCGCCGCGCGGGGCUCUUCAAGAAGGCCUUCGAGCUCGCGAUCCUCUGCGACGCCGAGGUCGCGCUGCUCGUCUUCUCCCCCGCCGGCAAGCUCUACGAGUACGCCUCCUCAAGGUAAUUCAACUUCGGUAAACAUUAUGAAAUCGGAAUUGAUGCAACGAAAGGAUUUUACUGGAUGUUUUUUAAAUGGUGGAGAUGGUGCCUGUGAUGACGUAUACAAAUUAUUGUGUCUCAUUAAAACUAUUAUUUAUAUGAUUUUUUUAUUUUAUAUGAAUUAUUCCUAUGUUUUUUUUUGUAAAUUUGUUUACCAUUUCAUAUGUUACUUUACAAAAAAAUUAUAGUUGGCACUGUUGCUAAACUCUGGUCUACUCUGAGAGAUAUACUUCGAACAGAUUUAGGUUAUCCCGAUAUGGUUAACAACAUUAGUUUCACCUUUCUUUCUUUCUCUUAUAUUGACUUGGUAAUGCACAAGAUUUAUAGUUUUAUUAAUAUUCAUAAAGUAUAUUAUAUGUAUUGUUUAGAGGAACUAGACUUGAUAGUAAACACAUCAUGUUGUAUCAAUGCAUAUGUUACUUUACAAAAACAUGUAUAAAGAAAAUAAGGUGGAAUUGGAUUUCUAGAAGUUGAUUUAGAUGUGUAAAUAAUCCUUGUAUGUUCAUUAUACAUAAUUAAAAUUAGUUCGUAGAAUCUAUUAUUAGGAUUGUUUGGUUGUUCACCAUACAAUAUAUUGUAUUAAAAGUAGAAGUGUCUGCAUUUACACAAUAUUUUCACUUAAGGCUUUUUAAUGGCAUCUUAUCUUCAAAUUUAGUAAUAUUGUAACAUGUUUUGAGUAAGAUACCAAGAUUUCCAUCCCAACUUUAUUAAGUCUAUGUAAGGUCAUUUCUCUAGCCUCCUUGUUUACUUUAUGUUCAGUCAUGAUUUACUUUAUCGUAAGAUCAUCUAUAUUCCAUAGCAUUUAGCUUGCACCCAGAACUGUUGAAAAUUCUAACGUUCCUAUCACCCUGCUACAUAAUUUAUGGUUUCAAAGAUGUAUAUUUUGUUUGGCGGUGUUCCUCUUAUAUGUACCAACCAUCCACAGUGCUACGAGGUAUUUAUAGAAUCGUGUAGAUGUAGACCAUCAUACAACAUGCGGUAGAAACACAUGCAUGCUACAAUAAACGCAUAGUAUUGGAGUUCACUGCAACUUCACAUCAAGUUUGAGGUGACAAUGGUUAGGAAAGUCCAUAAUGAUUGGUUGCAUGUCCUCGGCCAUGACUUGUUGCUAGCCCCUAUGGUCUUUUGUUUUUUGCAUAAGACUUGGGGAGUCUUUUUUUGUUUGAGGAAUCAAUACUUCGCUCUUCCCUUCUAAUUUGCCUUGUGGGACCAAUUUCGUAAGGAUGUACCAUAUUUUUGCUUUUUUGUUCAUGUAAGAUGUGGUACAUCCUUACGGAGCUUAAAAGAACCUCCACUCAGAAUCAUCCCUUGUCUUGUUUGCUUUCAUGGUAAUCCUUUGCAGAGUUGCAUGUCCUUGUCCAUUUGCCUUGUUUGCUUUCAUUGGUUGUAUCCUUCCACUCAGAAUCAUCCCUUUGUCGAAGCGUGGUCCUUCGAGCAAUUAUCCUGGUCACUCACCGAGCUUAAAAGAACCUCCCAGCCACAUCGCAUUGUUCUCGAGUGGUUUUGUCCAUGGGAGACUUCACUGUAGAUCUCGGGUAUCUUCAUGGGUUGGCAUGGGUGAGACAACCAUCGGAGGAGUGUACUCAUAGUGCAUGUACUUGUCGGGAUUGGAUUGUAUGCAAGAGUACCCAGGGCCACCCUGCCCUCCUUCACUUCAUAGACUAAAUGACAGAAACAUGCAUUGGCUUUGGAGACGUCGCAUAUAUAUUGGAGUCAGGAUAUCGAAUAAGAGCAUCGAAGGCACAUAUGACCGUUAUCAGCAAUUUGCAGGAGCUGUAAGGAACAAAUAUCGAGGAGGCGCAAGUACCAGCAAUAAUGAAGAUCCUUCAGAUAUACAGUCAAGGCUUAGGGAGAUUACUGCCUGGUCUCUUCACAAUAAUACUGAUGAGGCAGAUGCCAGUAAUCUAGAGAAACUGGAGAAACUACUGACAGAUGCUUUGAGAAUCACAGAAUCUAAGAAGGUACUUUAGUGGCUCCGUUGUCACUUGUAGUGUACUUCAUAUGGAUGAAAAUCCAGCUUCUGAGUCAAGUUGUAUUGUUGUUCCUUGAAUAAAUGGCUGUAGUUUUUCUGCCAUCUUUUCGCCUGUUUAAGCUAAGUUCCUGUUCCUUGAAUAAAUGGCU